AUGGCUACAUAUUACGACAACCACCAUCCGGAGCAUAGCGCGCGUGCGUACCAGCCAGAGAAUCAAUAUAUUCAGCAAUCCUUCCCCAACCAGACGAAUUGGACAGGGAGUGCUCAGAACCUAACCGCUGGUCAUCCCCAUCGUGAUGAAAGCUAUGAGCUACAUCAGCAAUUGAUCUCUAAUGGUACAUCCUAUGCCGUUCACCCACACCUACCCGAGCAAUCUGCGGAAAAUGUCUACCACCCAAGUUUUUUCAAGAGCAUCCCUUGGGCUGGGAUGCUCGGCUUGGUGGUAACUGUCCUUGCUGCCAUAGCUAUCAUUAUAAUGCUAAAGACGGCCGACGGCAAAGCGACGGAUGCCUGGCCGAGCGAGUCGAGAACCAUCCAGCUUUCCGUGAUACUUGCCAUCUUGAUUGCCUUGGUAAAUGCAUCUUUGACGCUUGCCUUUCAUGAGGGUGCGGCUUUGGCCUGGUGGCUUAAAAUGCUGAAGGGCGGCAAUCUCGGUGACAGCCACCGCUACUGGCAACACGGAUCGAGCGCCUUUCAAUCCAUUAUAGGGUUGUGGCACUUCAACAAAGUUACUUUUGUAUCUAUCGUCAUGCUGUUCCUCAUCGCCAGCCCACCGCUUCUACAGAGAGCUGCAGAAAUCAUUACCGUCACCGAGAGUGAGAAUGCGACUUUCAACGCGGCCUUAUCCCAGGACCAGUUCAAACAGCCAACGGGCUACUACAUGACCCACGCCCCAUCGGUCAAUGCCUUGACGAGCAAUUUUUCCCAGGUCGUGCAGGACUUUACAAACCGAAAGAACAUCAGAUUGUCCCUCGAGGGUUGCAAGGGAACCUGUUCCGGGACUUUCGUCACUACCGGCUUCGAUGUCAGUUGCACAAAGGGGGGCAAAGACUACGACAUGAAUAUAAAAACUGGGGGAAAUGCCACGAUUGGCUCUAUAGCUAUAUCUUCCAAUACUAUCUAUAGGGCUGGGGUAAUCACAGUUAUGACUACCCACAAGGCAGAUUCAGCUGAUAAGGGCAAGUUGAUCACCACCAACUGCACCUUGCAGAGUGCUCAAGUGAAAUACCCGUUCAACUACACCAAUGGGAUAAUUGCGUUGGGCGGUGCAAGCUCUUCAGUCGAUGAGAUAGUCAAUCACACAACUAAGCUUGUUUAUCCAAACAUGGAAACUGCUGGCCUGAUGAAACAGCCGUCGAUUUUUGGCGGCAUUGCCUAUGCGCUAGGCAGCAUCUACAACAGCGAAGUGAGAGUUUACAGUUCGGCGAAUUUGGCCAUUAUGGGCUCGGGCCUGAUGACUUAUACCUACAGAAACUUCACAGACGAAGAGCUGGGCAGUAAGAGUAUGAGGUGGAUUGAUCCAAUGCCCGCCAUCCUGGAUGCCAUCCGCGAGGUGACCUUCCGCACCGCGAUAGCGUUUUCAGAUCCCUCCGCGCAACAGACAAUACAAGGCAGCCAGUUGCGUACAAUCAAUAAAUACAAGAUUGAUCUGAGGUUCUUUGGUGGAACUCUGGGCAUCAUUGGUUUCAGCACCUUGGCAGUCGUUAUCUUGUUUCACGGGUUCUGGAGGCUUGGUCGUCCAGUAUCGAUGAGCCCGCUUGAGAUAGCCACCGCAUUUCAGGCACCCAUCACCAAAGGCGCAGUUUCUGUGGCUUCCGAUGCAGAUGACAUCGCCAAGCAGAUUGGCAGGCGUGGAGUCAGAUACCGGGGUAUGUACUUGCCGGAUGGAACUCCAUCGAGAGCCAUUGUGUCCGACGAAUCGAAAGCCUAG